AUGGACUUGAUUGACUGGAGGCCAAAUUGGCAACUCAGAAGAUGCUGCAACCGCGACCAAGUGACCUUCCUCAUCUCUGUUGCGGUCUGCACUGUCGUUAUACUUGUGCUGUGGAGGACAGUACUGAUGACACCAUUUAAGCUUAUAACUGUGUUUCUUCAUGAGGUGAGCCAUGCAUUGGCUUGUAUGCUUACAUGUGGUAAGGUGGAAGGGAUUAAAGUUCAUGCAGAUGAAGGAGGAGUCACACAAACUCGUGGUGGCAUAUACUGGCUAAUUUUGCCAGCUGGAUAUCUUGGUUCAUCCUUUUGGGGGAUGGUAUUGAUUCUUGCAUCCACAAAACAUCUUGCUACACAAGUAGCUGCUGGCUGUUUCAUCGUUGCCCUAUUUGUUGUACUCUUUUUAGCUAAAAAUUGGACACUUCGAGGACUUUGUAUAGGAUUCAUUAUUUUAUUUGCUGGAAUUUGGUAUCUGCAAGAAACAACGCCAGUUCGUAUACUAAGGGAAAUAAUUCUGUUUACUGGUGUAAUGAACAGCUUGUUUUCAGUUUAUGAUAUCUAUGAUGAUCUUAUAUCACGCAGAGUUAAUUCUAGUGAUGCGGAGAGAUUUGCAGAAGAGUGUCCAUGCUGCACUGGUUGUGGAUGGGGUGUCAUUUGGGCGUUCAUAUCUUUCUUCUUUCUCUGUGGAUCCAUGUACCUUGCUCUUGUGGUUUUGGCUUGA